AUGGCUCAACGACCACAAUCCUCUCCUGGGGGAGAACUAGACUUCAAGGAUCUAGUGGUACUCGUGACUGGAGCAGGAAGCGGUAUAGGUAAAGUCUAUGCCAAAUUCUUCGCCUCGAGAGGUGCCAAAGUAGUCAUCAAUGAUGUAUCCGACAAGUCUGCUCAGGCAGUUGCAGAUGAGAUCAAAUCAGCCGGAGGUACAGCAUCAAUUGCACCCGGAUCGGUAGCAGAUGGUCAAAAAGUCGUCGAUGCAGCUGUCAAAGCAUUCGGUACGGUCCAUGUAUUGAUCAACAAUGCUGGUAUUCUUCGUGAUAAAUCGUUCAAGAAUAUGUCUGAACAAGAUUGGGAUUUGGUAACCCUCGUACAUCUCAAAGGAGCUUAUGCUUGUACCAAAGCUUGCUGGCCAUUAUUUAGACAACAAAAGUUCGGCCGCGUAAUUAACACGGCUUCUGCUGCUGGACUGUACGGUAAUAUGGGUCAAGCGAACUAUUCAUCUGCAAAGAUGGGUCUGGUUGGCUUUACUCGUACGCUCGCUAGAGAAGGGGCAAAGUAUAAUAUCAAGACGAACGUAAUCGUGCCCAUGGCUGCAUCAGCGAUGACUGAAACUAUCCUCCCUCCCGAUAUGCUCAAAGGGCUGAAACCUGAAUUCAUUGCCCCGAUGGUCGGAGUGCUCACCGCCAAGAACGGUCCCGAUGUCAAUGGACGUAUCUUCGAGCUCGGAGCGGGUUUCUUCUCAGAAGUGAGAUGGGAAAGAUCUAAAGGUGCAAUUUGGCGAACGGAUGAGAGUUUUACUCCAUCCGCCGUAGCUGAGAAAUGGUCAGAGGUUCAAAACUUUGAUAAUCCCGAACAUCCCUUGAACAGCGAAGAUGGUGAUAUGAUGGGCUGGGCAAAGACUGCCAAAUCACUUCCACCAAACAAGCAAGUAUCACCUCCGAUCACGUUCAAGGACAAGACCGUCAUCAUCACCGGUGCUGGAGCUGGUCUAGGUAGGGAUUACGCUUUGAUGUUCGGGAAACUCGGUGCGAAUGUGGUCAUCAACGAUGUCAGUAAAGAUGGGGCUGAAAAGGUUGUCGAGGAGGUCAAAGCUCUCGGCGGGAAAGCUGUCACUGCUGUAUGCUCCGCUGAAGAUGGCGAUGCUAUCGUCAAAGCUGCCGUGGACGCUUUCGGCACUGUGCAUGUCCUUAUCGCCAAUGCUGGUAUCCUCCGAGAUAAGGCUUUCGUCAACAUGGAUGAGAAGAUGUGGGAUCAGGUCAUUCAAGUACAUCUUCGUGGUACAUUUAAGUGCGCCAAAGCUGUCUGGCCCAUCUUCCAAAAGCAAAAGUAUGGUCGAAUCAUCACCACUGCUUCGCCAAACGGUAUAUACGGUACAGUUGGACAAGCCAACUAUUCGACCGCUAAAGCCGCUCUCAUCGGUCUUGCUCGAUCACUCGCAAUUGAAGGAUCUCGAUCAAAUAUCUUGGUCAACUGUAUCGCACCAAGAGCUGGUACAGCUAUGACCGCUACUGUAUGGCCUAAAGAGUUCAUGGAAGCUAUGAAAGCUGAAUACGUCGCUCCUGUCGUCGGAUACCUCUGUUCUGAAGCCUGUGAGGAUACUGGUACCUUCUAUGAGGUAUUUGGUGGAUAUGCAGCUCAGAUGAGAUGGCAGCGAACCUAUGGAGUAUCUUUCCCUAACGACAGGGAGUUGAAACCUGAAUCGAUCGUGGCUAAAUGGAAGGAAAUCACAACCUUCGACGAUAGAGCUACGAACCCAUCGUCUGGUCCUGAAGCUUUACAACAGAUCAUGGCUAACUUCUCCAAUACUGCUGGCGAAUCUGGAGGUGAUCGUGAGAGCAACGAAGAUCCGGAAGAUACUCCUGAAAUCAAAGAAGCUAAGAAGAACUCGCCUGAGCCUGAAGAAUUCACUUAUUCAGAACGGGACGUAUUACUUUACAAUCUUGGUAUCGGAGCGAAAGCAGAUGAGCUACAGUGGACAUACGAGAAUGCCGAAGAGUUCCAGGCAUUACCCACUUUCGGUGUUAUUCCUCAAUUCGGAUCAUCCUCAUCCAUGCCAAUGGAUUUCGUACCCAACUUCAACCCUGCGAAACUACUCCACGGAGAACAAUACCUGAGAAUUGCCAAACCUUUCCCAACUUCCGGAACUGUGGUCAACGAAGUCAAAUUACUUGAAGUGCUUGAUAAGGGCAAGACUGCCGCCGUUACUGUUAAGGUUGAGACCAAGGACAAAGCGAGUGGAGAUCUGAUCUGUGAGAACCAAAGUACGGUUAUUCUCAGAGGAAGUGGUGGAUUUGGCGGUAAGAAGAAUGGUUCAGACCGAGGAUCAGCUACAGCUCUAAACACCCCACCAAAACGACAGCCUGAUGCUGUGGUCGAAGAGAAGACUACUACUGAGCAAGCUGCGAUCUACAGGUUGUCAGGAGAUUAUAACCCGCUUCAUAUUGAUCCGUCCUUUGCCAGCAUGGGUGGAUUCCCAAAACCCAUCCUUCACGGUCUUUGUUCGAUGGGUAUCUCAGGCAAACAUGUACUCAAGACUUUCGGUCCAUAUAAGGAUAUCAAAGUGCGAUUCGCAGGGACCGUCAUACCUGGUGAGACGCUGGUCACGGAGAUGUGGAAAGAGGGUGAUAAAGUUAUCUUUGUCACUAAAGUCAAAGAGAGGAACGCCCCAGCUUUGAGCAAUGCAGCUGUUACCCUUAUUGGCGGUGAGAAGGUCAAAGCGAAAUUGUAA